AUGGCAGCAGAAGAGGAGACCCAGCGCCUGAGGAGCCAGCUGAGGGAGCGGGAUGAGCAGGUCCACCAGGCCGCUCAGGCCGGGCUGGAUCUCCUCAACCAGCAGAUGGAGCUGCAGAGCCGAUUGGACGAGCAGAGGGUGGAGAUGACCAACGCUCUGGAGGUGCUGGAGCAAGAGAAGUACUCCCUUCAGAAGGAAGUGGUGCUGAAGACUCGGAUGUUUGAGUCCCUGCAGUCAGACAUCGAGUAUUUGAAGAGUCAGCAAAGGAGGCAGCUGGAGGAGCAGCAGGAACAUCUGGAGAGGAGCUGUACAUCAGCCCUCACUGAGCUCAACAACAAGUUGCUGGCGCUGCAGUCGGCUCUGGAGGAAUCCCAGCUGAGUAAGAAGCAGCUGGAGCACAAACUGGAGGUGCAGACGGAGACUCUGAACAACAAGAUGGAGGAGCUGCGAGCUCUGAAUGAGAACACGCAGAGCUCCAUGACCUAUGAGAUGAUGGAGGUGAAGCUGAAGAUCAUGGAGCUGGAGACCUUAAAGGUGAGCAGAGCUCCCAGUAUCUAUGGUGGAGUCAGUCUGUGUCUACUCUAG